UUAAACUCCUCCCACCGGGGUAAAACGAUAAACGAACCCCCUCAAUGACUCUGUCGUUUGUCAGAGCAAGCGUAGUAAAGUAAGCCUUACAUUGUCAGAUAUCGUUUCAAUACCCAGGCUGAUAGGUUUAUUUUUGUGUAUAUAGUUAUUGUCGUUACGUGUAGCUAAUAAUCCCUGGGAAAAAUGGCAGAAAGCGACUGGGAUACUGUGACUGUGUUGAGGAAGAAGGGUCCGACUGCAGCGCAGGCCAAAUCUAAGCAGGCUAUCACAGCUGCACAGAGACGUGGAGAAGACCUCGAUACUACUAAGAAAUGGUCUGCAGGGCAGAACAAGCAGCACCUGGUGACCAAGAACACCGCCAAGCUGGACCGGGAGACGGAGGAGCUGCAGCACCUGAGGGUCUCCCUGGAGGUGGGCAAGGUUAUCCAGCUGGGCCGCCAGAACAGCGGCCUCACCCAGAAAGACCUGGCCACUAAAAUUAAUGAGAAGCCUCAGGUCAUCGCAGACUAUGAGUGUGGAAAAGCAAUUCCCAACAAUCAGGUCAUGGGCAAAAUUGAGAGAGCAAUCGGUUUGAAACUGCGCGGGAAAGAUAUUGGACUGCCCCUGGAGGCAAAACCCAAGAAGAAAUGAGGACAAAGCCUCGAAAUCAGCCCCCCCUUCCCCAUGUCCCCCAUCUCUAUCCCCAACUUCCUACUCCCACUAUGACCCUGCCUCCCUUACCCCUCCAAACCCCCCACCCCCCUCUCUCCCCCAUCCCCCUCCUCUACCUGGGCUGAUCUCCACCUGUGUCCUGUUUAUAGGACCUGGUGAUCCACCAUGUUGCAAGUUGCAUAUACUGACAAAUCAUCACAAAUUACUUAUUAUAAACAAUGAAUGAACAAUUGAAUGCAUUGCAAAACUUGCUAACCAAAAGUUCUCUGAAAUGUAAUUUUUUCUUUUGUAUCCUACUACUUUAGCGUCAACUUUUUGGGGGGAUGGUUGAAACAGACAAGGUGAAUUUUACCGUGGCCAUGUGCAUCGACAUUAUCUUUACAUACAUUUUCUCUGAGCAUGUUUUUUUAAUCCAUUUUGAAAGUGUUUGAUUGCAGCCUUUUCACACACUUUGCAUAUUGUUUCACUACGAUAUGGACAUGUCCUCCUGCUGUAGCUUGGUUUUGAUCUUCAAAUAAAGUUUGACAGUUUA